AUGGGGACGCGGUGGGCCGAGGAGGCGGUGCCGGCGCCUACGCAGUCGGUGGCCAACGGCAUGUUCCAAGGGGUGGCGUGGUCACAGCAGCCGGCAGGGCAGCAGCUACUAAACCAUCAGGAGCGGGCGGGGCACUUGCCGGCCGGGCAGCAGCAGCUACGUCACCAAGAGCUGGAGGUUCGUUUCCCGGCCGAUCAGCAGCCACGUUACCUGGAACAGGCGGUGGCGGUGCCAUUGCCGGCCGGGCAGCAGCUACGUUACCAGCAGGAGCAGGAUUUGCCGGGCAUGCUGCAGCUGCGUUAUCAGCAGCAACCGUUGCAUUUGCCGGCGGAGCAGCAGCUGCUAUAUUACCAGGAGCAGCUGAUGGCCAACGGCGGGUUCCAAGGGGCGCCGCUGGCAUUGGCGGCCGGUCUCACCAGCGGCAACACUAUGAUAGGUUCCUGGCCACUGUCGCAGGGCGGCAUCGGAAGGGGGCAAGAGCAGCAGGCUGGACCCCCGCGGCAACAGUGGCCUGGUGCAGGUGCCGAUCCGUCACCCUCGUGUACACUACCCGGCGGCGAGCAGCUGGGGAACCAGAACCUCCACAGCAGCAAUGCUGGUAUCCACGAACGUCCUCGGUGA